UUUUUUUGGGGUCUGACGUUGCCUUAUAUAUUCCUGCAUUGUCUUCCACACUCUGCACAAGCAGCAGAGCUUCAAAUCAAACAGAUCAUGGCAUCGCUUUCACACCUCCCCAUCUUCCUCUCCCUCCUAUUCACCGCUUUCUAUUCUGCAGCUUCGCAGUCCUUCAUCGGCGUCAAUUACGGCCAAGUCGCCGACAACCUCCCUCCGCCGGCGGCCACUGCGAAGCUACUCCAGUCCACCGCCAUCAAGCGCGUCCGGCUCUACGGCGCCGACCCGGCCAUCAUCAAGGCCCUCGCCGGCACCGGAAUCGCAAUCGCCAUCGGCGCAUCCAACGGCGACAUCCCGGCGCUCGCCUCCGAUCCGAACGCGGCGGCUCAGUGGGUGAACUCGAAUGUCCUCGCCUUCUACCCGACCAGCAACAUCGACCUCAUCAACGUCGGCAACGAGGUCCUCUUCUCCAACGACCAGGGCCUCAUCUCGCAGCUCCUCCCCGCCAUGCGAAAUGUCCAAUCUGCCCUCUCCGCCGCGUCCCUCGGCGGCAAAGUCCGUGUCUCCACGGUCCACGCCAUGACCUUGCUGGCCCAGUCCGACCCGCCCUCGUCUGGUCGGUUCAACCCGGGAUUGCAGGACGUCCUCAAGGGGCUCCUCGCCUUCCAGAGGGAUAAUGGGUCGCCGUUCGCGGUCAACCCGUACCCGUUUUUCGCGUACCAGAGCGACCCGAGGCCCGAAACGCUGGCGUUUUGCUUGUUCCAGCCUAACGCGGGACGAGUCGACGCAGGGACCGGGAUCAAGUACAUGAACAUGUUCGAUGCUCAGGUUGAUGGCGUACGGUCUGCCUUGAAUGCAAUUGGAUUUAAAGACAUUGAGAUUUUGAUUGCUGAGACUGGAUGGCCAUACCGUGGGGAUAGCAAUGAGGUUGGGCCUAGUGUUGAGAAUGCAAGGGCAUAUAAUGGCAAUUUGAUUGCACACCUUAGAUCCCGGGUUGGAACUCCAUUGAUGCCUGGAAAAUCUGUCGAGACUUAUAUCUUUGCACUCUAUGAUGAGGAUUUGAAACCCGGUGGGACCUCCGAGAGGUCAUUCGGGCUGUACAAGCCUGAUCUAACCGUGACAUACGAUGUUGGUCUCUCAAAGAGUAGCCAGACACCUUCGACGACACCAUCGACACCUUCGACACCAAGAGUGACUCCUUCACCUAAGCCUAGUUCAGCAUGGUGUGUGCCCAAAGCUGGCGUUUCUGAUGCUCAAUUGCAGGCAAAUCUUGACUAUGCUUGUGGCCACGGCAUUGAUUGCAGUGCAAUCCAACCGGGAGGUGCCUGUUUCGACCCGAACACCGUAGCAUCCCAUGCUGCCUAUGCCAUGAAUCUGUAUUAUCAUACUGUUGGGACAAUUCCACUCAAUUGUGAUUUCUCACAGACAGCGACUCUCAUAUCCUCAAAUCCCAGUUAUAAUGCUUGCACUUACCCUGGUGGAAAUACAUGACUACAUGGUGGUGAAGCAAAGAAAAUUAGUACGAUAUCUAGUGACGGAUUUGUGAAGAUUAGAAAUCAACUGAAUAUAAGGAAUAAGGUCUUGGUGUGCCUUUUUUUGUUGUUAAUUUAUUAUAUAUAGCCCUUUAAUUGUAAAGAUUCCUAGUUUUUAUUGGGAUAUCUGUUAAUUGUAAGAACUCUAGUAUACUAUUUGGGAAUGUGAACGUACUGCUUCUCUCCUUUGUCUA